AUGGAUGGGGCACUAGCGAGUGCUUCAACAGGGGUGAUGAACUCCCUUCUCGCCAAGCUCUCUGCAAUGGUUGAGGGGGAGUAUGAGCUCCUUGGAGUCACCCAGUCCGACAUUGCUUUUCUGAGCAACGAGCUCAGCAGUAUGAACGCCCUGCUUGAGAAGCUGGCAGCAGCGGAGAAACUUGACGUGCAGGUACAGGUUUGGAGGGACAACAUACGGGAACUAAGCUAUGAUAUCGAAGAUUGCAUUGACAUGUUUAUGCAGAAGCUCAACCAUGGCGACGCCGCCAAGGCAGGUAAUUUUGUUAAGAAGAUAAUUGGUAAGGUUAAAAAGCUAUGGUCAGGCUUCCAGAUGGCUAACCAGAUUCACGAGCUCAAGGCUCGUGUGGUUGAGGAGUGUGAGCGUCGCUUGAGAUACAAGUACGACGAAUCGAUCUCCACCGCGGUCAAAGUGGAGAUUGAUCCACGAUUGCCAGCGCUGUAUGUGGAAGCAGAGAAACUUGUUGGUAUCGACGGUCCUAUGCAGAAUCUCAUGGAUUGGUUGAUGAAAGACGACUCGACACAACAGCUUAGAGUGGUGUCUAUUGUGGGUUUUGGAGGCCUCGGCAAAACAACUCUCGCGAACCAAGUGUAUCGCAAAAUCAAGAGUCAAUUUGAUUGUACAGCUUUUGUACCAGUUUCGCGAAGUCCCAUCAUAAAGAAGAUACUCCGUGAUCUGCUUACAGAACUGGGUAGUAGUAAGACUCAUGCAUCAGAAGACGAUGAGCGGCAACUCAUAAAUAAUGUCAGAGCAUAUCUACAAGAUAAAAGGUACUUAAUCAUUGUUGAUGAUAUCUGGAGCACAAUCGCCUGGGAAUUUGUGAAGUCUGCUUUACCUGAGAAUAAAUUACGCAGUAGAAUAAUUACUACUACAAGACAUUCUGAUUCCUGCUUCUUGUAUCUUUGUAUAUUUCCUGAGGACUGUAAGAUUGCAAGAGAAAAGCUAAUAUGGAGAUGGAUAGCUGAGGGGUUCAUCACAAAUGAAAUUGGACAAACAUUGGACCAAACAGGAGAGAACUACUUUAAUGAUCUUAUCAACAGAAGCUUGAUUCAACCUAUUGAUAUAAUGUAUGAUGGGAUGGCUAGAGCCUGCCGACUCCAUGAUAUGGUGCUUGAUCUUAUCAUUUCACUUUCCACAGAGCAGAACUUUGUCACAGUGGUAGAGGGGGAGGUGUUUAAAUGUUCCGCUAACAAGAUUCGCCGGCUCUCUCUCCUAUCCAGCUUUUUGGAAAAUGAUGUACUGCAGGAGAUUAUGAACAAGUGCUCACAGUACCUGGAAAUAGGUUGUCAUAGUAUUACUGAACUUCCAGAGACCAUUGGAGGCCUGCAGUAUUUACAGACACUGGACAUACAUGGCAGCAAAAUUGACAAAUUACCCCCAACCAUAGGCAAUUUGAAAAAUCUGGUGCGUCUACUAGUUGAUUUUAACAUAGAACUGCCAGAUCAGAUUGGCAACCUGCAAUCGUUACGCAUGCUGUCACAUGCUUAUUCGUAUGGCUCUGUGAAAUUUCUGGAGCAGCUCAGGCGUUUGACUAAUUUAAGGGUCCUUCACAUAAGACUGCACGGCAGCAGUGAACUUGGUGAUCAUGGCAUGUGGAAGUAUCAAGAAGCUUUGGAAUCAUCUCUCACUGUGUUGGGUAAACACGGUCUUCAGUCACUUGAGAUUGAAACUAAUGAUUACUCGACAAGUAGACUGAUGGAUCUAUUGUGCUGCAAUGCUACAUUUCUGCGAAAGCUGUGCAACCAGAGUUAUCUUAGUAGGAUUCCACAGGGAAUGCAGUGUCUAGUGAAUAUUGCCCAUCUUGAUAUCCGUGUUACCUGCAUCAAACAGGAAGAUCUCUGCAUCCUUGGCGCCAUUCCAACGCUGCUCUAUGCCAUACUGACCUCACUUGAAGCACCUACUGAAAGGCUUAGUAUCGGCAGCCAGCAGUUCUGUUACCUUAAGGAGUUUAUCUUCAGGUCCUAUGGGGAAGGUGGGCUGAGGAUGGUGGCUGAACAGGAAGCUAUGCCAAGGCUUCGAAGUUUACGGCUUAAUUUUAGAGCAAAGGAAACAGAAUCCAAGACAGGUUUUGAGUUCAACUUUGUACACCUUGCAAACCUGGAGCAUAUCACCGCCACAAUUGACUGUUACAUGGCCACUAGAAGCAGAGUAGAGGCUGCAGAAGCUACCAUCAGGAACACAGCCAACAUCCAUCCGGGACAUCCUACACUACAAAUCGAGAGAUUUAGGGAGUACAGUACAGUGGAGGAUGAGGACAGGAGGAAAUGGUUCUGGCGGUGGAAGACAGUACAACAUGCGACAAAGAGGUUCAGCAAAAGCACUCAAGAAAACGCAAGUGUUGCGAGGGCCUACUGCCAUACUAGUGGGGUUGGGAAAUAA